CAGAACAACAAGAGUAAGAAAUGGUGCGGAGAUCACUUUUUGAACUAUCGUGGACUUUGCCGAGCUGAGAACGUCCGGGCUCAGUUGAUAAGGCUGCUGCGAAGAUUCGAAGUGCCACUGGUCUCGGUACGAGGGCAGACCGAUGCCGCGACGAAGAUAAUACGAUGUCUUGUCUCUGGUUUCUUCUCGCAGGCGGCAAGGUAUCAUUACACUGGGAAGUAUGUAACGGUCAAGGAGGAAUUUCCGUUCAAUGUCUAUAAAGGAUCGGUGAUAAUGUACAAGAAGGACUACCCAAAGUGGGUAAUCUUCACAGAGGCUAUGCAAGAUUCAAUUCGAGAUGUUUCCGUAAUUGAGCCUCACUGGUUGUAUGAACUCGCUCCACAUUAUUAUGAAUUUGGCACGGACAGCGAAGUGGCUAGAAAGCGAGCAAGAGAGAAUUAA